GAACCAGUUUGUUGACAGUCGAAAAAGAUGAGUGAAGCCGACAGUCUCCUGCCAAGAGUUACAGUUCGGACAUCACACCGAUGUAGCUCUGCAGGAAUUGACAGCCUCUCAGAAAGUGAACGUAAAUUCAUUGAACAGUCCAGUUUGUCAUCGCCAUCACAGAGUGGAGAACAUUGUCAUGCAUUUAGAAGCACAGCUGGUGUAGACAAAAAAGCCAGAAACAGAUUGAUCCUUGCCAGUGUGCUGUGCCUCAUAUUUAUGGUGGCAGAAAUAAUAGGUGGAAUAAUAGCUGGAAGUUUAGCAAUAGUAUCAGAUGCAGCUCACCUGUUGACAGACUUUGCCAGUUUUAUGGUCAGCUUAUUAGCUUUGCUGCUUGCCUCAAGACAACCAACUAAGAAACUUAGCUUUGGUUGGUAUAGAGCAGAAAUUUUAGGUGCAUUAUCAUCUAUAUUACUAUUGUGGGUUUUAACUGGUAUUGUAGUUUAUAUGGCCAUCAAAAGAUUGAUAUCUAAUUCUUAUGAUAUUAAUGCUACAGUGAUGUUAAUUAUAGCUGCCUGUGGGGUGGCAUUUAAUUUGUUCAUGGGGUUAACCCUACAUCAGCACAGCCAUAGUCAUGGAGGUAGUUCCCAUUCCCAUGAUUCCCCUACAAAACAGAACUACAAAACUAUAAAUAACCGAGAUGAAGAAGAAGAUGAUCAUAGCAACCACAGUGACCAUUCUCACAAAAGUAAUAUAAAUGUACGAGCAGCAUUCAUCCAUGUAAUGGGAGAUCUUAUACAAAGUGUUGGUGUACUGAUAGCCGCCAUUAUGAUAUUUUUUAAGCCUGAAUGGAAGAUGGCUGAUCCAAUAUGUACAUUCCUUUUCUCAGUAAUUGUCAUGGUAACUACAAUCACUGUUGUCAGAGACAUUUUAGUAGUACUAAUGGAAGGUACACCAAGAGGUUUAGACUUUGCUGAAGUUCAGACAAGUUUUUAUAGCAUUCCAGGUGUAAAGGAUCUACAUGAUUUAAGGAUGUGGUCCCUGUCACUCAAUAAAAUAGCAUUAUCUGUUCAUAUAGCUGUUGAUGAAGAUGCUGACCCAUUAAAAGUAUUAAAAUUAGCAUCAGCCAUGGUACAAAAAAAGUAUGGUAUAGCAGAGACAACAAUUCAAGUUGAAGAAUACAUUAAUGAGAUGGAGAACUGUACACAUUGUAAAGACUUGCCAGAUUAAGAUACAUUUUGUAUACAGCAUUAUAUAAUGUUCUUCUGGGAGAUUCUGGCAUGUCAUUUAACAUAGGUUAUCUCCCAUUUUCAAGAGUUGUUAAAUGGGUUGUCUUCCAUUGUCAAGAGUUGUGAAAUGAGUUAUCUCCCAUUUUCAAGAGUUGUAAAAUUAAUUGUCUCCCAUUAUUCUAAAGUUUUGAAAUUAGUUAUUUCCCAUUUUUAAGUGUAUAACUUGAGAACAUUUGUACCAAUUUUAUUCAAAUUUUAUAUCUUGUUUUUGAUAAAAGGAAGGUCAAGUUUAGAAUUGAAGUGGUCAAGUUUUUACAUGGCUAAACCCUAGAAUAAAUGGGUUCAAUCAUGUAAUUCUUUAAAUUUGUACUUUUUUCAUCAACCAUCAAAUGUAAAUAAUGUUAACAUGUCUUAUAUGUGUUACCUCAAUUCAAGCUGCCAUGUUGUUUAUAUUGGUAACAAAAGUAGUCCAAUGAACACAGUCUAUAGAAAAAUAUACUGCCUCAAACAGAAGUGUGUGUAACCAAUAAUACUAAAGGGUACUUAAUUAUGCAAAUCUUCCUAAUUAUGCAAAUCAUAUAAGAAUUAUUUACAUAUAUUUACCUGUGCUGCAAGGGAGACAAAGCUUGAAAUAAGAUGUCAGCCCAUGUUAGAUGACAUGCUAAAUUACAGCUGUAUGUAACAGUGCUCAAAUGUACCAAUGAUAAUGAUACUCUAAAUUCAUUGUGAUUUUUGAAGGAUGGGAAAAAAUGAGAGAUUAAUUAUUGCAAUUUUAGGAAAAUGUGCAUGCAGCUAUAUGUAUCAGAUAUCAGAAUUUGAGUUAUUAUUGUGAUAAUCACCCAGUCGCAUUAUUCCCAUAAAUAAAAACCUUGCAAUUAUUUGUGAAUUUACAGUACUCUAUUAAUAUGCAUUAUGGGAGUCUUUCUCUUUAAAAAUAAGCUGUGAUUUAUUUUAUUUUAUUACAUUGGUAGCAUUGAAUUACAUUGAUUUCCCAGUCAAAUAAAAACCGAUAAUUUCACAUGUGAAAUAAACGUGGUUAUUUCACUCUCUGACGUCAUGCAACAAUAGGCGUUGUCAAGACGUCGAUAACAUCGGAUCAAAACAAAUUGUGAAUGCGUAGAAAAAAGAUAUAGUUCCUUACAUUUUCUACAUUAAUUUCAUUAAAAAAAGCCAUUUGCCAAUGUAAUAAAAAGAAUAACUAAUCAAAGAAUUAAAAUAUCGAAAAAUAUUCAACUCGUGACCGAACAACACUGAUAAUUAACUCAUGUGCUACGCGCAUUCAUGAAUUAAUGUGUUGUUCGGUCACUCGUUGAAUAUUUUUCUCUAUUUGAAUUCUUUGAUUAGUUAUUCUAUAAUUAUUAUUUGUUAAUAAUGCCAUUGUUAAGUUUCUAUAAAUUAUGUAGUGUUUUCCAAAUAAUCAAAAGUGAAUGUGGGAUAAAAUUCAAUAAAUAAAUGAUAAAAUAUCAAAGAUUUCAUGUAAAAAAUUUUCUAGAGUUCAAAGGUCAUAAGGUUAUCUACGGAACCAAAUCAUAUGUAGAUGAUUAUAUUGUUAUCAGAUAUCGAAAGUAUCUUUAAUAAUCAAACAAAUUUUUAUUCUUAUUUGACUUUUGUUUGGCCUUGUGAAUACCUAUUUGUUAGAUAUAUAUUUUUUUAACUGUAAAAAAUAUGACUUUUUAUACGACCGCAAAAAUUAAAAAUUUUUUGGUCGUAUAUUGGUAUCACGUUGUCGUCGUCGUCGUCGUCAGCGUCGUCCGAAGACAGAUGGUUUCCGGAUAAUAACUUUAGUAUAAGUAAAUAGAAAUCAAUAAAAUUAUAACACAAGGUUUAUAACCACAAAAGGAAGGUUGGGAUUGAUUUUGGGGGUUAU